AGGAAAAAGAACCCCCUCCCCCAAUAUCGAAAAAAAAAAAAGAAAAAAAGAAAAAGAUGAGUGCGGAAGAGUUUGUUUGGUCGGAAUAGAAUGGAAGGGAGUGGAGGAGGAGCAUCACCUGAGCUGAACUGAUCUCAGAACCAAAGUUAGAGUCUUUACUUUCCAAGAACCAAGCUGAGCUAAGCUCAACCAGAUUCGAUCCAUCCUCAAUUCAAAGAUUAUUGUUAAUGGAGAGACAAAGCAGUUCUCGUGGACAAUCACCCAUGGAACCCCAACCACAAAGUCCACAGCCACAACCACAACCACAACUGGAGAAGCGCCCAAGUUUUGGUAGAGGGAUUGAGAAACAGAAGAGCUUCCGCGGAGGAUUCAUGGAAAAACAGAAGAGUUUCCGCAUAGUCAUGGAGAAGCAGCUCAGUUUCAUUGCCAAGAAGACCAAAGAUUCUCCUGGUAAAAGAGGCGACUCCCACCUUCACCUGGCCUCUCGAGCUGGGAAUUUGCUCAGGCUCAAAGACAUCCUUGACUCUUCUUCUUCCAACGAGUCACUCAAUUUGCUGUCCAAGCAAAACCACGAAGGGGAAACCCCGCUUUAUGUUGCAGCUGAAAAUGGCCAUUCUAUACUCGUUGGGGAGAUGCUCAAGUACAUAGACCUUCAAACUGCUUCCCUCGCUGCCAGGAAUGGCUACGAUCCCUUCCACAUUGCUGCAAGGCAAGGCCAUCUUGAUGUCUUGAAGGAAAUGUUGCAAGUCUUCCCAAACUUGGCUAUGACCACUGAUUUGUCCAAUUCCACGGCCUUGCACACAGCUGCCACCCAGGGCCACAUUGAUGUGGUCAAUCUCCUCCUCGAAACAGAUUCAAACCUCGCAAAGAUAGCCCGGAACAAUGGCAAGACCGUGCUUCAUUCAGCAGCAAGGAUGGGGCGCAUGGAAGUGGUCAAGUCUCUUCUCAACAAGGAUCCAAGCACUGGCCUUAGGACUGAUCAAAAGGGACAAACUGCACUGCACAUGGCUGUCAAAGGCCAAAACGAGGAGAUUGUUCUUGAAUUGUUGAAACCGGAUCCCUCAGUCUUGAGUUUGGAAGAUAAUAAAGGAAAUACAGCAUUGCAUAUAGCCACAAGGAAGGGUCGUAUUGAGAAUGUGAGAUGUCUGCUGUCGAUUGAAGGCGCUAACAUCAAUGCAAUCAACAAGGCUGGAGAAACACCUCUUGACAUUGCUGAAAAAUUUGGAACUCCUGAACUUGUCUCCCUUCUAAAGGAAGCAGGGGCAACGAAUUCUAGUGAGCAAGGAAAGUCCCAGAAUCCUGCUAAGCAACUUAAGCAGACUGUGAGUGACAUAAAACACGAUGUCCGCUCACAACUCCAGCAGACCCGUCAAACUGGAGUGAGGGUCCAGAAAAUUGCAAAGAGGCUAAAGAAGCUCCAUAUUGAAGGGCUGAAUAAUGCUAUAAACUCGGCAACUAUUGUGGCAGUUCUCAUUGCCACAGUUGCUUUUGCUGCCAUCUUCACCGUGCCUGGCCAGUUUGUAGAGGAGAAGGGAGCUGAGAUCGGAGAAGCCCAUAUAGCAAAUAACGGAGCUUUCAUUGUCUUCUUUAUAUUUGACAGCCUGGCUCUAUUUAUUUCCCUGGCAGUUGUUGUAGUCCAGACAUCUGUGGUUGUGAUUGAAGAGAAGGCAAAGAGGCAACUUGUAUUUGUGAUUAACAAGCUCAUGUGGCUGGCUUGCCUCUUCAUUUCAAUUGCUUUUAUUUCUCUCACAUAUGUUGUGGUGGGAUCACAUGCCCAUUGGCUUGCUGUGUAUGCUACUGUUAUUGGUAGCACAAUCAUGCUCACUACCAUUGGCUCAAUGUGCUAUUGUGUCAUCUUGCAUAGGAUGGAAGAGUCAAAAUUGCGCAGUAUUAGGAGGAACGAGAGUCAGUCCCGCUCGUACUCUGUAUCUAAUAUGCCAUCGGAUUCAGAGAUUUUGAACAGUGAAUACAAGAGGAUGUACGCACUUUAAGGUCAAUAUUCGGCAUUUGGAGAGAAACGACAAGGAUAGUUUCUCUAUCUAGGAUCAGCCAUAUAUUGCUGCUCCUGAAAUACUACUACUAAUCAGUUUCUGAUUGUAAGUACUAGAGCUGGAAUGUUCUGUUACCUUUGUACUAUGAACGUGGAAACUACGCAGAGUUAGCUUGCGGUGGAGAAAUCAUACAGUCAAUCAUCUCAUCAAUUCAUCAUCUUUUGCUUCUUUUGUACUGUAUUAUGAAUGCUGCCGUGGAGAGAGCGUGUGCAUUUCUAUGGUCAUGGCAUUCCUGAGAUUUCCUACGAAGGUUCAAACUUUAUACUCGGGAAGAGUAGCAGGUCUAGGGUGCCAAUAUGUAUAUUCAACUAUUCACUUGUGCCAUUUAUGCACAAUAAUGUCUCUCCUGCAACAAUUACUAAAUUGACAUGGGAUGUUUAUGAUUAUUGUGAUCCAUCUAAUGUAACUAAUAUUUGAUACCUAUAUCAACUUCCUAUUGCUGCACUUGUUGUGUCUGAUGCUUGUAGCUUUUAUUGCAGUACAUUGUCGUUUUAUAUUAGUAAAAAUAAUGUGUUGAAUUUUUUUUUAA